UGGUUGUCACGUUAUCUCUGAUGGAUGGAUUACGUGCUGCUUCGACCCGCACAAAUAUUGUCCAUUCUCCGGAGGCCAUCCGACUUGCGAACACAAUGCGGGAGGCUUCAGAUUCUAAUUGGCAGUCGCGAUUCUUAAUCUUUGUUCGUGGACUUCCCGGAAGCGGAAAAUCUACACUUGCUAGGUUUCUCAUACAGCAUGUCCGAGAUGGGAAGAUAUUCUCUGUCAAUGACCACAUGUCUUCUACGAACAAUCUGAAUGUACCCAUCUACCGAUCAGCUCAGGAGUAUGAGGCACAAGCUGCCUGUAAACAGCAAGCCUGGGCCGCAAUGCAAGCUGGAAUCAUGGCGGUGGUUAUUGACAAUGACAAUCUUCUUGCCGUAGAUAUGGAGCCCUAUAUUGACGAAGGUGUAAAACGUGGUUAUUCCGUUCAUCUGAUUGAACCAAACACACCAUGGCGCUACAGUCCUCGAAAGCUUUUCAGGCAUACUUCAAAGAAAAUUUCAUCCGAGCAGUUACAAACAAUGUUGGAUACUUUUGAUCGGCGACUCCGAGAGGAGCAAUUGGUUUCCGCAGCCCGUCGUCGGCUUAAUCCGAUUGCUCUCUCACAAACUGGUCCGCCGUCCGUGUCAACCUCAGUUGAUUCACCUAGAGAGCCUGAUGCAAUUGUGAACGACUUGGAACAACCUCCUGAGAAUGAGGAGUUUCUUACCGCAGAC